AUGGAUACAGGACCAAGCAAAAGAGAGCUGCAACAUUUUUUGAAACGCUUCGGUCAAGAAAAGACAGAUACACCAACUUUACUUUCCGGUUUCGAACAAGUGAAGGGAGCACCCGGAUUAAAAUCACCAAAGGAGUAUGUGAAUGCACUACUAGCUCCUUCCUAUCACCAACUAGCUCUCACUAAAGUGGAAGGUCCCUUUGAUAAAAUGGAUUGGCAAAGCGUCGGAAACACUCUAUAUAAACUGCAAAAACUUGGACUUUCCUCUAUUGUCGUUUCGGAUAAUCCAUGCUGGACUACAGAUAAAUCUGGUCAUGGUGAAUUAACAAAGCGUAUGAUCCGAGAAAGUAUGACUUUAGUGGAAUCAAUUGAACAGGCCGGCGGUAGAGCUAGAUUGAUUUAUGGUUCUGCAUUAGAAAGAUCUGCCAAUGCAUCAAUCACAAUCAAUUUGGAUUUUAUUCAAUCUGCGCUUAACAAUAAUCAAAUUCCUAUUGUCGUACCUAUUUUGACUGAACAAGAUGGCCAGCAAGUACCUAUUAAAUCGAACCAAGCUAUUUUAGCACUCACUCAACGUCUGGUCAAUCAAGCGGUCGAUCCAAAACUUGUACCUUCAAAAAUUGUCAUUAUCAAUAAAGAAGGCGGUAUACCAAAUCACGAAUUGCCUGGCACAGCACACAGUCUUGUGAAUGUGCAAGAAGAAUACGACGACAUCAAUAAGGCAUUUCAGCAAAACCCAUCAUGGCAACAAAAUUAUCCUAGCACACUAGAUAAUCUCACUACAAUCCGAGAUUGUCUAAAUGAAUUGCCUACUACAUCAUCUGCCAUCAUUGUACCCACUUCAUCAUUACCAAAUGCAUUAAUCACAAAUCUUGUUACAGACAAGCCUUUAUAUUCUUCUUCCUUGCCUCGUACAGGUCGUGUGAUUAACCAGGCGAAAACCACAGUCUUGAGACAUGGUAUCAAGAUUAAUAGCUACAAAGACCUCAAAGAUUUGGAUUUAGACAAAUUGACAAAAUUAUUGGAAGCUAGUUUUAAAAAAAAUGUGAAUACAAAUGAAUUUUAUAAACGCUUAGAGAAGGUGCUGGCUGGAGCAAUUAUUGCUGGUGAUUAUGAAGGUGCGGUUAUCAUGACAAAAGAAGGUGAUCAUGCUUAUUUAGAUAAGUUCGCUAUCGCUCCUUCAAGUCAGGGAAUUGGAUUAACAGAUAUCCUGUGGAAACAAAUGUGCGAUGCUUACCCUGAAUUGCUUUGGAGAAGCAGAAAAGACAAUGGCGUCAAUAAGUGGUACUUUGAAAGAUCCAAUGGUUAUUUGCGAUUAAAAGAUACGAACUGGGUCUUAUUCUGGCAUGGAAAGGAUGGCUAUAAGAAUGUACAAGAUUAUGCCGCUAUAGCAAACUCUAUUCCCCCUUCCUUCAAAUAA